UUCUCGCUUACGCACGGGUGUAAAUUCAUUAUGUGAUUUUAUUUUCUCCGCGACAAUCCUACUAAAACCGGCAACCGCCUCAACGAGUUCCCCCCAACGCUUUAUAAACUUCGCAACAGAUUCAAUUACUCCCCCGAAAUCUCGCCGGUAGCCUGUUACCCUCCUGCCAUGUGCGACGGAGAGAACCGCCGGGACGUCCCGUCGCUGGAGCUCAGCCGCCUGAAAAUCAUCUCCGCCCUCGGCCGCGGCGCCAAAGGCGUCGUGUUUCUGGCCCAGUUUAACGACGAUCAAUCGUCCGACAACGAAUUCUUCGCUUUGAAGGCAAUUUCGAGAGCUUCGAUUGAGAAGACGAAGAACGAGGUUGGCAGCGACAGCGACGGUAUAAACGAGUACAAACGAAUUUGCUUCGAACAGGAGGUUUUGAAGUGUUUCGACCAUCCGCUUUUGCCGAAGUUACGAGGAAUUGUCGCUACGGAUCAGAUCGUUGGCUACGCGAUCGAUUACUGUCCAGGACGUGAUCUCAAUUCGCUGAGAAAGAAACAGACGGAGAAAAUGUUUUCCGACGAUGUCAUCAGGUUUUAUGCUGCGGAAUUAGUACUUGCAUUGGAGUACUUGCACGGAUUAGGAAUCGUAUACAGAGAUUUGAAGCCAGAAAACGUUAUGGUACAAGAGAGCGGGCACCUAAUGCUCGUCGAUUUCGAUCUCUCCACAAAACUCUCCUUAAAAUCUCCACAACCCAUUUCGAUUACCAAAUCGACUCCAAGCUCAGUACAGUUGAAGAACACGAAGAAGAAGAAGGCGCGAAUCUUUCCGUCCAUGUUUUUUUGCAACUCCGGCAUUUCGCCGGAGUACUCGGGAUCUCCGCCGGAACCAGUCGUCGACGCGGCGAGUCCCGAGUCCGACUCGGUGGAGAAGUCGAACUCGUUCGUGGGCACGGAGGAGUACGUGGCGCCCGAGAUCAUAUCAGGCCACGGCCACGACUUCUCCGUCGACUGGUGGUGCCUGGGAGUCGUUCUGUACGAGAUGCUCUACGGGGCGACGCCGUUCCGGGGGUCGAGCCGGAAGGAGACCUUCUACCGCGUCCUGACGAAGGCACCGGAGCUCGUGGGGGAGCCAACGCCGCUGAGGGACCUGAUUGGAAAGCUCCUGGAAAAGGACCCGAAGCAGAGGAUCCAGCUGGAGGGAAUCAAGGGCCACGGUUUCUUCCGAGGCGUCGAUUGGGAAACGGUGGUCGAAAUCACGCGUCCGCCGUACAUUCCUCCGGUGGGGCCCGAGGAGGAGGAAUUGAGAGGAGAGGAGGGAAUCGAUGUGGAGGCUUUUGUGCGGGGGGUGUUCAAGAUUGCGAAAGAGGAAAGUGGUAAUGGUGAAGAAUCGGAAAGCAGGAGGAAUCAACAAGAGAAGGAGAAGAAAAUUAGUUGUUGUAACAAUGGUGGGGUGUGGGUUGAAGGACUGGACCAGCCCUCUGGAACUAACAAUUUCCUUGUGUUCUAACCAUUUUUAUUUUUAUUUUUUGACUGAUUAUUCAAUCAUGCUGAUGAACCCAAGGAUACGAAUAAAUUGGUGGAGAAAAUCUUAUUCGGGGAGGAGCCGUGAAUAAGGUUUACGGUUUUCAA